CCCUCCAAUAUUUGAGAUGUUUUGGAAGAGAUUCUUUCUUGUCUGGUGGAAAGAAAAGAAGAAAAAAACUUUUACAAUUUGAUUUUACAAAGGAUUGAAAGAGAUAAGCCGAGGGUCCCUCUCUACCUCGCAAAGGUGGAUUUGUUGUUGAAGUGGGAAAGUUUGUUUCAAAAUGCAUUUAUCCUAAGAUUGAAAAUAUUGUCCGUUUCUCAUCAAAAAUUGAAAAUCUAAGGGAGGAAAUGGGGAAUCUAACAAAGUUUAGAGAUGAAAUCAAAGGAAAGACGGAGAAGGAUGAGCGAGAAGGCUAUAAACCAAAGCCAGAGGUUGUCAAGUGGAUCGAGGAUGUUUGCGAGCUGCAGAAUGAAUGGGAAGAUAUGCAACAACGCGUUGCAGCGGCUAAGACGCUUGCAUAUAAAUGUUGUCCAAAAUGCAGCCUUCGUUUGGGAGUCACCACUCAAGCACACAACAUACGACAACAACUUUUCAGUCUUAAACAAGUCGGAGAAAGCUUUGGAUCAAAUUUGGUGGUAGAAAGUUACCAGAUGAAAAAAGUUGAGUUCAUCGCGGGACCAUCAAUAAAAGGUCAGUCAGCAGCAACAAGGAAUCUCAACGAAAUCCUACGACUAUUGGAAGAUGAUAAGGUUUGCAUCAUCGGAGUGUGGGGUGCGGGAGGAAUCGGGAAAACAACUCUGGUGAAGAAUCUGAACAAUGAGCUACUAAAGAUUGACGUCUCAAUUAGGCCUAAAUUGUCUUUUGGUGUUGUGGUAUGGGUUACUGUGCCCAAACCGCCAAUAGCCAUAAGAAAAGUUCAAGCACAAAUUGCUGACAGAUUAAACUUAAAGGUAGAUGCUGAGGGAUCUGAAGUACGCAUUGCCAGCAAAAUCUCUGAAAGGCUGAAGCAGGAAAAGAGUUUCCUUGUGAUACUAGAUGAUGUUUGGGAAGCUAUAAAUUUGGAUGAUGUAGGCGUGCCCCAACUCAAAGGAAGCAAGGUUAUUAUAACUUCUCGUUUUUUGGGUGUUUGUAAGAAAAUGAAAUCAGACACCGAAAUGAGUAUUUCCACAUUGGAUGUGAAUGAAUCUUGGGCUCUGUUUAUGGAAAAUGCGGGAGAUGUUGCCAAUCGGGUGGAUAUUGAGCCAUUGGCAAAGAAAAUUGCAAGAGAGUGCGAUGGUUUACCAUUAGCAAUCAUUGUUAUUGCAACAUCUAUGAGAGGGAAGAAUAUGGUCGAGCAAUGGGAAGAUGCUUUGGAUUCACUCAAAAAGUCAGAACCUAAUGACAAAGACACAAGAGAAAAGGUUUACCAGGUGAUCAAAUGGAGUUUUGAUUCUUUAGAGCAAACAAGAAAUAGGGACAUUCAAAGUUGUUUCUUGUAUUGCUCCUUAUAUCCAGCGGCUAUUCCAACUGAUGAUCUCAUACGUUGCUGGUGGGCAGAGGGGUUCCUUGGUGAACAUGACACAUAUGAAAAUGCCUACAACAGGGGAAUCACGACUAUUGAGGAACUGAAAGACGUCUGCUUACUAGAAAAAGAAGCCCAUGAUUGUGUGAAGCUGCAUGAUGUGAUUCGUGAUGUUGCAAAAUGGAUCGAUGAUUCCUCGGGGUUAACUGAUAUUUCACGUCUUAAACUAGUGUCAGCUUCUGUCAAGAGAUUAUCUUUCAUAAUUCAAGAUCUACCUAAUAACUUGACCAAAUGCCCAAAGGCAACAUCUUUACUAUUGCAACACAAUCGUUACCUUCGCAAAAUUCCCCAAACUUUUCUUUUGGCAUUUCCAGCUCUAAGAGUUCUGAAUCUGAGCGGAUCUCGUAUUAGAGAACUACCUUGUUCCAUCAACGAGUUACAUCAACUACGUGCUCUGAUACUACAAAGGUGCUUCAUGUUGGAUGAGUUACCAGCUAUUGGUAAUCUUUGCAAUUUGCAGUUGCUCGAUUGUGAUGGUACAAAGUUAUGUUGUAUGCCGGAAGGAAUGGACAAGUUGACAAAUUUGAUGCUAUUAAAUAUGCCUUUGUGUGGGUUUAAGGACAACAUCGACCUGGGGGUUUUCCACGAGUUGCAAAGGCUUGAAAUGUUACAUCUAUCCAUAAGCGAAAGAGGUGCUGUCGGAGCAGCUUGUUUUGAUGAGAUAUCACAUCUACCCAAUCUGAAAUCCCUUUCGAUUUACUUGGAUAGAUCAUCAAUUUCAAAUAUGAAAAGUGACCAGACCUGGAUGAGAAGAUUGAAAAGAUUUCACAUUACAGUUGGGAAAACUACAACUCCUGAGGAGGUAUCAUUCGACAAUAAUUCAACAAGGGCGAUACGCCUCUUAGGUUUUGACAUUUUCAAUAACAAAGUCUGGGUCUCAAGCAUGUUGCAGUUUGCUUCAGAUUUGUACUUGGAAAACUGCAUGGGUAUGACGGAGUUCAUCCGGAACCACAGUUUUGAUGGAUUAAAAUCACUAUGCAUAAUGAACUGUUCUUGUGAUUUUGGAGCAUUUACAGAAGAGUGUGAUGAUGAUCCUUUGCCAAAUCUGGAGCAUCUCAAAAUCUCUUAUGUUAAUGAUAUAAUGAAUGUUCCUCAUUUUGGUCAACUUCUGGGUCUUAGAUUUUCUAAAUUACGCAAAUUGGAUCUACACCAUUGUUAUAGUUUAACAUGUGUUUUUUAUGUUGGUAAUGGUUUUUCUGUACCCAGGCACUUGGAAGAAAUUUCAGUUUCCGAAUGUGGUAAUCUGACAGAGUUAGUGGAACAAUUGGGCUCAAGCUCAGAAAUUCCAAGAGUCAGAAAGUUAUGGUUGUAUAGUUUAGUCGCAUUAAGAAGGUUUGGGGAGGCAGAGCGUAUGUGGGAACAUCUUGAGGAACUUUACGUGAGAAGUUGCCAUGAAAUAAUGAAGUUGCCUCUCUCUAUUCAAACCUCCAAAAACAUCAAAACAAUAAAAGGAGAACCAACAUGGUGGAGCCGACUGGAGUGGGAUGACCAAAAAUACAAGUCAAGUUUAGAGCAUUGUUUUACCAAAAUACCAUGGUUUUUAACGAGAGAUGAUUGGUUUUAAAUGUAUUAACAUGAAAUUUGAGGUACCACGACUUCUUUAAUGGUUAAUUCGUUUUAUCUUGGGAGGAUUUAAUCAGUAACAUCGAAUACUUGAGGGGAUUAAAUUUCUUAAGGACACAGUGAAUUCUGUGGACUCGAAUACUUCUUUGUGUUUUUCUUUUCAUCUUUUAUUUCUUCUUAUUUGCUAAUUUGAA